AUGGAAGAAAGGAGAGACAGUAAGGGCAAGGCAGUCACCACUACAAUAGACAAAGGAGGCAGGACCAAUCCUUACCAGAAGCCAACGGGAGACAUCUGUUACCGGUGCAGGCAAUCUGGUCAUCGAUCAAAUAAUUGUCCAGAACGUAGAGGAGUUAAUGCUGACCGCCGGCAGGAGAACAGGUUAUGCAUCCCUCGAUCUUCCUUGCGGGAGAAGUUGAUUCGCGAGAUCCAUGGAGGAGGUUUGAGUGGUCAUUUGGGGCGUGACAAGACUAUUGCUGGGUUGGAGGAGCGUUUUUACUGGCCUCAAUUAAAAAAGGAUACAGGUCGAAUGGUUCAGAAGUGCCCAUACAGAAUGCCAGAUGCAUAUGAUCAGGAAGGAGAUGUUAAUCGGGAGAAAAGAUUUGUUGUGACUUUGCAGCGCUAUAGUAGUAGUUUGACUUCUUUUUUUUCCCUUGCUCUCUUGCAAAGGGACCCUAGUGCUGACGAAAAAAUGAAUCCAUUUGCAGAACAGGAGACUUGGGAAAACUACCAAAUUGGGAAAGCAACAAUGAAAUUUGGUUCAAAGAAUAAAAAGCAAAUGUCUGAUGAUUAUCAGUUUGUCUUUGAGGACCAGAUUGAGUUUAUCAAGGAAUCGGUGAUGGAUGGUGACAAGUAUGAUAAUGAGAUGCGUGAGUACGAGAUGCGUGAUGAGUCCUUGGAUUACUCUAGGGCAAAAUCAGCUUUGGAGAAGCUUCAGAUUGGCUACUCCAUUCGUUUUGAAGACUGCACAUCCAAGAAGACUCUUCUAAAAUAUAUGACAGAUGGAAUGCUCCUACGUGAAUUCCUUGAUUUUGCUGGUUUACUUACAUUCUCUAGAUUUAUUAGUGUCGUGAUGGUGGAUGAAGCACAUGAAAGAACUUUGUCUACUGAUAUACUUUUUGGACUAGUAAAGGAUAUAGCCCGUUUUCGACCAGAGUUAAAGUUGCUUAUUUCAAGUGCAACACUGGAUGCUGCAAAAUUUAGUGAUUACUUUGAUUCAGCUCCAAUUUUUAAAAUUCCUGGAAGGAGGUUUCCUGUUGAGAUGCACUAUACAAAAGCACCAGAAGCUGAUUACCUUGAUGCUGCAAUUGUAACUGUGCUUCAAAUCCAUGUGACUCAAUCCCCUGGAGAUAUUUUAGUUUUCUUCACAGGUCAGGUGGAAAUAGAGACAGCAGAGGAAAUUUUGAAGCACAGGACCAGAGGUCUAGGGACAAAAAUUGCAGAGCUCAUUAUCUAUCCUAUAUAUGCAAAUUUACCAACAGAGCUUCAAGCUAAAAUAUUUGAACCUACACCUGAAGGGGCCCGGAAGGUUGUCCUUGCAACAAAUAUUGCUGAAACAUCUUUAACAAUUGAUGGGAUCAAGUAUGUCAUUGAUCCUGGCUUUUGCAAGAUGAAAUCAUAUAACCCAUGGACAGGGAUGGAAUCAUUGCUUGUAACACCUAUUUCAAAAGCUUCAGCCAUGCAGCGUGCUGGUCGCUCUGGAAGAACAGGUCCAGGAAAAUGUUUUCGGUUGUACACGGCCUAUAACUAUAAUCAUGAUUUGGAUGAUAAUACUGUACCAGAAAUACAAAGGACAAAUCUUGCUAAUGUUGUGCUCUCUUUGAAGAGUCUUGGAAUUCACGACUUAUUAAAUUUUGAUUUUAUAUAG